GGAUACGUCUUUUUGCGACACCGAACCUUAAAAUCCUUAACAUUUAAACUUGUAUUUUUGGUGUAUAAUUUUGACAUCAGUUUUGGAGUCAGAGAGGAUGAACACAGAUGUUUAGAACACACUUUCUAGGAAAAGAAUUGUCAUUAGUUGACUGAAAGAUUGGGAGAGAUCCUAGAUUGCCACACUGAAACAUUACUGUUUUUGGUGUACUAUUUGUUGUGUUUCGUUUGAGCUAACAAUUAGUACAGUGAUACAAAAAAGACAAUGGUAACACAGCAAGAUGUACUGGUUUAUGCAAAUUGAGAUCUUGCUCCAACAAUGUUUCUUGUUAGAAUUUACAACCAGGCUGGCUGAAAUAAAACUACUAAGUACUUGCGUAUAUGGAACACCACAAACCACAACGACGCUGAAUCAAUUAUUCCAGUGAACCACCUGGCACAUCAGUGUUUCCUCUGACAAGCGCGCUGUUAGUGUUUAGCCUGCCGGGCUUUUAUUCACGUUCUGGAGGAUAGCCAUCUCCAGCGAGAAGAGAUCAGAAUGUCACGUUAUACAAGAAACAACUGUUUAGGGAACUCAAUAACGACACCUUGUGGUACACUUGAAAAUGCAUCGCCACCUAUCGCCCAACAAGCUCAACAAUACUUAGAAGAAAAUGUUAAAGCCUGGAUAAAACCAAAUUAUGAACAGAUACCACCUACUUCUGUGAAAGUGUCUGCCAACCGUGGAGAUUCUCCGGUGAUUAACGACUCGUUUAACAUCAGCCCGAGAACGGUCAGGUAUACAACACAUCACUUAGAUGAUCAUCGCUCACUGACUAUCAACGACAUUAAUUCAUCAGCCGACCCCGAUUAUUCUCCAAGUAGCAAUAUUCGGGAUGCUUUAGGUGGCCUUGGGGGGAUAUCAAUGCCCCCAAGAGAUGCAUCGGUGGGGGUUGACACACUACCAAACGUUUCUAGAGCACAAAGCUGCUCUUUGCCACAUUCGCUCUCCUAUUGUGGGUUCUCCCAGUCAUCGUUUCUACAGGGAACGUCUUACAGUUCUCCUUGCUGGCGUGUUGUGGAAUAUUCCCAACCUUCAGCUGCAGCUUCUUUUUUUGCUAGGGCUACACAACAGCUGAACUUAGCAACUAAGAAAAGAAGGAGGUACUACAAUGAUCACGAGUUUGUAACGACCAAGUUUCGUACAGAUUUCGCCAAAAUCAUCGGUUCGUCUCCUCCUCCUGCUCCUCCUCUUUUAUUACGAGCUACAAGUCGGAAGGACGGAAUCAGCCUUGGCAAGGUGAAGGUUAUGCUUCGAGUGAGUUCUGGUCCCUUAUCCGCGGAAAGCAGUAGGCUGGCGUCGUUUCUAUUUCUCGACGUCAAGCAAAAACAAGUGUCAUUGUAUGACCCAACUACGUGUGGGACUACAAGCCCUGUAGACAGGCGAGUCGGGGUGGCAGCACCGAAGAUGUUCGCCUUUGACGCUGUUUUUCCUCCGGACACCCCGCAGGUUGAGAUUAUAUCAACGGCUCUGGUUGAUGUUAUUCAGUCCGUUGUGAACGGAAUGGACGGCUGUCUCUUCGUGUAUGGAAACCCAAAGCUAGGUAAAACCUAUACCAUGAUUGGAGAAAGUUCGUCGAUUCAAGAGCUAGGAGCUACCCCUUGUGCUAUUGCUUGGCUUUUUAAACUAAUCUCAGAACAAAGAGAAAAGACAGGAGCCAGGUUUUCCGUCCGUGCUUCCGCUGUUGGGGUAACAGGAAGGAGCGAAACAAUCAGAGACCUUCUUAGUGUUUUUGCUAUCGGCACUGAUAUAGCGGGUUCUUCUCCUGGCUUGCUACUACAGGAUGACCCUGUAUACGGAACACACUUGAUGAACCAAAGUGAAAUUCGUGCUCCUACAGCGGAGAAAGCUGCUUUUCUUCUUGACGCAGCGCUUGCUGCCAGAUCUAAGUUUGAAAAGGAAGAAGAGAAUCGUAAUUCACAUUUUUUAUUUACGCUUCACGUUUAUCAGUAUCGUUUUGAAAAAGGAAACCGGAGCGGAGUAGCUGGAGGCCGGAGUCGUCUAAACCUGAUUGAUCUUGGUUCUUGUGAAAAACUAGUCAAGCCACGAGAUGGAGCUGGGGGACAUAAUCUCUCCUUGUCAGCUUUAGGAAACGUUAUAAUUGCACUUCUUAAUGGACAGAAACAUGUGCCUUACAAAGACAGCAAGCUUACUCAGCUUCUUCGGGAAGCUCUCGGAAGUUUAACUUGUAGGGCAGCCAUGAUAGCUCAUGUUUCUUCUGCUCCCGAACAUUAUUCCGAAACCCUAGCUACGAUUCAACUAGCAGCGAGGAUUCAUCGGCUGAGAAGACAAAAGUUUAAAUUUCCAGGGGCGAGCUCCAGCGAAAGUUCCAGUGAUGAUCGAAAGGUGUGCCGUCCGUUUCUGAAAGUUCACGCAAUUACUGAAGACAACGGCAAGUCUGGCAGUAGCGAUCCUGAUAAUACCUCCAGCAGUGAACAGUCCUGCGACACGGUGAUUUUUGUCGGAGAACGGGGAGUAUCUGUAAGCAGUUGUCACGUUAAGCGCAAUGUUUCAUUGUCACCACGGCCUACUAAACAGAAUCAUAAUGGUCAAAGUGCUGUAAUAACACAAGAAAGUGUGAAUACUGCAAAAUUUCAGUAUUCAUUCAAUUCUAAAAAUGGAAAAAAUGCCUUCGCUUCGAUGACUAAUGCGUCAUCAAGAAACGCAUUGAGAAAUUACAGUGUAGGUGAAAAAAACUCGAACGUGCGAGUUGCUGAUAGAACUAUAAUAAACACAGUUGAGCCUAAUGCUUUUGCAGUAAAAACAAAAAAUCAACACCAUCAAACAGAAAAACGAUUGAAUGAAAGGCUGCAGGCAGCUAAUUCAUCAUCCACUAGUGAUCAUACAAUAGUUUUACCAGAACAGGGUGGACUACCUAAUCAAUCAACAGGCCCUCAAGCUUCUAGAAAAUAUCCGUUCAAACACAAACUACAGUACAUAAAACGGAAUGAAGGAAAACUCUCUACUUCAAGUAGCCAUAGCAACAGUGCCAAAACACAUAGUACUCGAGACCCAAGAGUUCAAAGUGAUGAGCUUUGGAUUGAUGGUCCAAGGUUUUGUAAAUCAAAAUUUGAAAAUCUGUCACUUAAAAGUCUUCAGAAAGAACAAUGGGUUGAUGGACCUGGGUUCGAGUUUCAUGGCCACAUAGAUGAACACAAAAAGCAAUUUAUUUCGAAAUGGGUGGAAGAGCACUCGCAACAUGUGCAACAAAAUAUAAAGGAUUUGAAAGGAGAGGUUUGGAUAGAUUUCCCGCCAUUGAAAAAGAAUGUUUCGUGUACAGAGAUGGAGGGAAACUCUUCAGAUAUAAUAAAAAAGAUGGACGUUUUGGGUCCAGAGAAGCAACAGAACAUUUGUGAACUGAAAAAGACGGUUCCCCAGUUCCACCAAGAUGAACAUAUUUCUGUUCAAUAUCAGAAAAAACUCCAAGGUAAUAUUCGUCACCACAACGAGGCGUUUCUAGCUUUCAAUGAACACAAUGUACCGGAAACGUGGCACCAAGAAACUAUACCAACUAUCGAAGACCACAGACACAGCGUAGCCUAUGAAUAUCUUGAUGACUGUAGUCGAUCGUUUUACCUUACAGAUGUUGAAGAGUGUAAUGAGGGAGAAAAUCAAACAGAUCAACAUGGGACUGAAGACACUAAUAGUGAUCAAGACAUAGAGUUGUUUGAAACAGAAGGGGAAGGUGAAUCAGUGCAAAUGCAAGAUUCUUGUCUCCAAGUCAAUGAAGAAGAUAUCAUUGUUGCUAUGUUACAAGACAGUCCCUCCAAAUGUGAAGGAACAAAUUCGAACACUAAAUAUGAAAUUCUUACCGAGCGUCCUCUCAAAACUCUGAGUAAGACUGAUUUCGCCCUAGACUCAUCAUUCAUGGAUUUACAAGUUGAAGGUCUAAACAGUUGUGAUCAAGAGUUUGCUACAAGCAAAAGUAUCAGAGGGUUUCAGUCAAUGCUGAGAAAUGUGAAUCGGGAAUAUUUAGAUCUUACAGGCCUCAAUGAGAAAAGGUAUUUUAUGAGAGAAACGGUUCCAGAUGUACGGCCUUCUCUUUGCUGGGACUCUUUUGGAGAUCAGAAUUUGAAAGUCAAGGAGAAGAGUGACGAUGAGUAUCUAGAGACAACAUCUCUCCCUGGUAAAGAUUUCAAGUCAAUCUAUAGUGACAAAAUUACCACAGAUCCUGAAGUUUCAAGCACACUAAGCGAGCCAGUGGACUUCACGAAACUCCGAUUACCAUGUGACCAGAAACUUCUAGCGUUCUUGAGCAAACCCUCUCGUGAACCAAAGCCGAUUUUGGCCGUUUCACCAAUAGUGCACCAAACAAAAGAAAAAUCUGCUUCCCUUGGUGAACUUGGAGAUUUAGAACUUCAACAAUUGAAAGGUUUUGAAACUCAAUAUCCUCCUCGUAUGUUUUCCCAUGAAGUAAAUAAGAAAAUGUUAGCUUUUCAAGAGACUGGAGAAAAAUUACUAUAUUCCAAACCUUGUGAAAUGCUGACAAAACAGCAAAGAAACUUAGACAGUCACAACGCACAAAGUAAUAAGCAUUCCAUGCUUAAUGCGAGAUUUACAAAUCCAAAUACUGAAGUUAGAACAACCUCAUGCGAUAUCACUCAAAGCGUUGAUUCAAGUGGGUACAACCCACAACUGUGCAUCCCAAAAAAUGAAAAUGAAAUAAUAUUAGAAGUCAAACCACUGGAUUUUACGAAUAUUGGCGCUUUACAAAACUGCAGUCAUCAAAACUUUUCAAAAAUAAAAAUAGUUCAAGAUUUUGGUGGCAGUGACGUCAAGGAAAGAGAUCUGGCUUCCCAAUCUCACUCUAAGUUACAACAUUGUUCAACUGAGAUCAACAACAAAAGCGUGAUACUUUUCAGCAAAGUAAAACCGACUAACAAUACCAAGCGUUUUCAGAAACUAGAUAAACGUAUAAAAUCACCUUUUAUUUCUUAUCUAUCUCGAGAAGGUGUGGCGUCUCUGUCGUUUUGUGAUGAUAAUACAACUCAGACGAUAUCGGGUGACAUUCAGUGUAGUUCUGACAGUUCCCCCAGAAACUGUCCAAUAGACUCACCUUUAAUUUCACCCUAUGCUAAGAUCACUCAGGCCCGUUCUACAAAGUCUAGCAGCGGGCGCGGAAGUGACAGCAGUAUUGUUAGUGGUGAACCCAGAGAAGGGUCAAAGAUACUGCCUCUCAAACUACAUCAGCUCUCUGGGACAAGCAGUGGGUACGAGAGUAUGAUGCGGGACAGUGAAGAAACACCUGCGUCGUCUAGCCAGGAAUCAGGAAACGAAUGUGACACUGGAGAGCAUCGGAAUAAAAAGGGGGUUCGACGUAAGGCAAUGGGUCUUGAACAUCAUACCAAGCCUUCCACUUUUCAUCCUCUUGCGACCAAAACAAGUCCCACGUGUCGCGAUUCCCCUCUUGUGAUGACCAAAGAGCCCUUGAUGUCAAAACAUCACAAGACCAAUGAAUGGCACAAUAGCAACUUACAGAUUCCUGAUGAAAAUGUAUGCUGCACGGGACUUCUGUGUUGUGGUGUUGGCUUCCGAAAGAUUACCUCUGAUUUGUCCUACGUAUAACCACCAACCACUCAGAAUGCACAGUUGGUCCAUCCUAUCUUUGUGCCUAAACAAAAGAAUUAACAUAUUUAAAAAAAUCACUGUCCAUCAACAACUUAAGAAAAAAUCGUCAAGAAGCGCAAAUUCAUAGUACAUUCAGAAGUAUAUUUGUAACACUGGUAAAGAUGUGGAAGUUGAAGAAAUAACACGCUUAAAAGCAGACAAAAUGAGUCCCAGUACUGACUGGUGAAAUACUCCUGAACACAAUGGUAUUUAGGACUGGAAUCAGCCAAGGGGGUCAGAAAUCGUGGAAAUAAAUCAACUAAAAUAAAACAGUUCUAUAAAUGUAGAUUAACCAUCGACUGAAGUCUAACGGAUUUUAAUGUAAAAUAGUUUACUUUUUUCUCUGCAGAUGAAACUUGCUGAAGUUUUCCAGCCUUUCUUUUGUACCCAUUUAAAAUAUCAGUAGAUGGUAAAGAUAUAAAGGUAAAUGUAUGUUUAUGUAUGUUAUGUAAUGUAGUAAGGUAAGUUGAAGGUUUUACUAGAUAAUAUAAUUUACUGUAUUUUACUUUACUGUAUUAAGCUUCCAUGAAAUAUUAUCAGGUCAAACAUAUCAUGUAUCACAUGUGUUUUAAAGUAUUUAUCCAAACGACAUAAUAGUUAUUUCACCGAUUGUAUAUAUAUUCUGUUUACUUUUUAGCUUCCUCGUCCGAUCAGAUAGCUAUAAAUGUUUUUGUAACUAAACAAUUCAAUAUUUUUGAAACUUUCAGUGAAUAAAAUAUAAAGAUAAUAUUUUACUCAAAAGCAACAAAAAAUAUAAAAUUGUUAAGCUGUUUAAACGUGGUACCAUCUAGUUAUUUUUUAAUAUAACGUACUUUUGGUAUUGAAUUGUGAUAUUUUGUUAAUAGCUAGAUUACUUGGUAUUGAUAACUGUUGUGGUUUGGUUUGUUUGUUUUGAAUUUCGCGCAAAGCUACACGAGGGCUAUCUGCGCUAGCCGUCCUUAUUUAACA